AGGAUAUUUGACUUUUGAUUGGAAGCUGGUUUAUGCUCGACUUUGGGUAGUUGGUUUUGUUAUUGAGGCAUAAGGAAAUACCUUGGAACUAGAUAUUUCCUUCAAUGUCUGCUUCCGGUGAAAGGUGGAUUGACCGCCUUCAGUUUUCCUCAUUGUUCUGGCCUCCCCCACCGGAUGGUCAGCAAAAAAAGGAUCAAAUUGCUGCCUAUGCUGAGUACUUUGUUCAGUUUACAUCAGAGCAAUUUCCUGAUGAUAUUGCUGAGUUGAUCCGAAACCGUUAUCCUUCAAAGGAAAUGCUCCUCUUUGAUGAUGUUUUGGCGACGUUUGUCCUUCAUCAUCCAGAGCAUGGGCAUGCAGUUGUACUUCCAAUUAUUUCAUGUAUUAUUGAUGGUUUACUAGCCUAUGAUAAGACUAGUCCUCCAUUUGCUUCUUUCAUAUCCUUAGUCUGCCCAGAAAGUGAGAAUGAAUACUCUGAACAAUGGGCACUGGCGUGUGGUGAAAUUUUGAGAAUUUUAACUCAUUACAAUCGCCCCAUGUUCAAAAUAGAAAGGCAACAUAGCAUAACAGAAAGAAGCACCAGUGGAAGCCAUGCAACAACAAGUAAUGCUGUUGAUGGGGAAUCUAGCCAUCAUUCCACACCACAAGAAAAGAAGCCUGUUAGGCCUUUGUCUCCUUGGAUUACUGACAUAUUGCUGGCUGCACCCCUGGGAAUUAGAAGUGACUAUUUCCGCUGGUGCAGUGGUGUUAUGGGUAAAUAUGCUGCAGGAGAACUCAGGCCACCUGCAGCUGCUUCUUCCCGUGGUUCUGGAAAACAUCCUCAGCUCAUGCCUUCAACUCCUAGGUGGGCCGUUGCCAAUGGUGCUGGUGUUAUAUUAAGUGUUUGUGAUGAUGAAGUAGCUCGCUAUGAGACUGCUACUUUAACAGCAGCAGCUGUCCCUGCCCUCUUACUUCCUCCUCCCACAACAGCUUUGGAUGAGCAUCUUAUUGCAGGAUUACCAGCUCUUGAACCAUAUGCACGUUUAUUUCAUAGAUAUUAUGCCAUAGCUACUCCAAGUGCCACGCAAAGACUACUUCUUGGAUUGCUAGAGGCUCCCCCAUCAUGGGCUCCUGAUGCACUUGAUGCUGCCGUGCAGCUUGUGGAGCUUCUUCGAGCUGCUGAAGAUUAUGCAUCUGGCAUUAGGCUUCCUAGAAAUUGGAUGCAUUUGCAUUUCCUGCGUGCUAUAGGGACUGCAAUGUCCAUGAGAGCUGGUAUAGCUGCUGAUGCUGCAGCUGCUUUGCUUUUCCGCAUCCUUUCACAACCUGCAUUACUAUUUCCUCCGCUUAGGCAAGUUGAUGGAAUUGAAGUUCAGCAUGAACCUUUGGGUGGUUACGUUUCAUCCUAUAGAAAGCAGAUAGAAGUUCCUGCAGCUGAAGCUACUAUUGAGGCUACUGCCCAAGGCAUUGCAUCAAUGCUUUGUGCCCAUGGUCCUGAGGUUGAAUGGAGAAUCUGUACCAUCUGGGAAGCAGCUUAUGGUCUGAUACCUUUGAGUUCAUCGGCUGUUGAUCUUCCAGAGAUAGUUGUUGCUACUCCAUUGCAAACUCCGAUACUAUCUUGGAAUUUGUAUAUACCUCUUCUUAAGGUCUUGGAAUAUCUUCCUUGCGGGAGCCCCUCUGAAGCUUGUCUAAUGAAAAUAUUUGUUGCUACGGUUGAAUCUAUUCUAAAGAGGACAUUUCCAUCUGAGCCAUCCAGAGAACAUAACAGGAAAACUAGAUACUUCUCUGGAAUGGAGUCUGCUUCCAAAAACCUUGCUGUGGCAGAACUUCGUACUAUGAUCCAUUCACUCUUUUUAGAAUCGUGUGCAUCUGUAGAACUAGCUUCUCGUCUACUUUUUGUUGUUUUAACAGUUUGUGUUAGUCAUGAAGCACGAUUCAACAGAAGUGAGAAACCAAGAGGUGAAGAUAAUUCUUUGGCAGAGGAAAGCGCUGGGGACGUGCAAGCAAUAUCUGAAAGUCAGAAAGAAACUAAUAAUAAGAAGUUGAAGAAACAAGGCCCUGUGGCCGCAUUUGAUUCCUAUGUUUUGGCUGCUGUAUGCGCUCUUGCCUGUGAGCUUCAGUUGUUCCCUUUGGUUUCAACAGGGAGCAACCACUCAACAUCCACCAACGUACAAGAUGAAUCCAAGCCUGUUGAGGUGAAUAAAUCAUCACAUGAUUUGCAAAGUGGUAUAAAUUCAGCAAUACGCCACACUUGCCGAAUUUUAACAAUUCUAGAGGCGUUAUUUUCAUUGAAGCCAUCUUCUGUUGGCACUCCAUGGAGUCACAGCUCAAAUGAAAUAGUUGCUGCAGCGAUGGUCGCUGCCCAUGUUUCUGAAUUAUUCAGACAGUCAAAAGCUUGCAUGCAUGCUCUGUCUGUUUUGAUGCGGUGCAGAUGGGACAAUGAAAUUCACUCUAGGGCAUCGUCCUUAUACAAUCUCAUAGACAUUCACAGAAAAACAGUUGCAUCAUUUGUUAACAAGGCGCAGCCAUUGGAAGCAAACUUAAUUCAUGCUGGCAGAGAAAAUCAAUCUGAAAACACUCGCUGCUUUGAUCCUGGGCAGACAUCUGUCUCACUUUCUCAGGAGGAUUUAACCCCUUCUGAACCUAAUCAUGGAUCUGCCAAAGGUUCAUACUCAAAUGAAGCAUCAGGGUAUGCAUUGGGUAAAGGUAUCACAAGUUUCUCGUUGGAUGCUUCGGAUCUAGCCAACUUCCUUACCAUGGACAGGUAUAUAGGAUUUAAUUGCAGCACACAAAUACUUCUGAGAUCCAUGCUGGCAGAGAAACAAGAAUUAUGUUUCUCAGUUGUUUCACUGCUAUGGCACAAAUUAAUUGCAUCUCCUGAAACACAACCUUGCGUGGAAAGCACUUCUGCCCAACAGGGAUGGAGACAGGUUGUUGAUGCAUUAUGCAAUGUUGUAUCAGCAUCACCAACAAAAGCAGCUACAGCAAUUGUGCUUCAGGCAGGGAGGAAAUUGCAGCCCUGGAUUGCCAGAGAUGAUGAUGUAGGACAGAAGAUGUGGAGAAGCAACCAGCGAAUUGUAAAGUUGAUAGUGGAGCUAAUGAGGAAUCAUGAUAAUGCAGAAUCAAUGGUAAUUGUAGCUAGCGCAUCGGAUCUACUACUAAGAGCCACUGAUGGGAUGCUGGUUGAUGGAGAAGCUUGCACGUUACCCCAGUUGGAGUUAUUGGAAGCUACAGCUAAGGCAGUUCGGCCAAUCCUGGAGUUCGGAGAAUCUGGACUUGCAUUGGCAGGUGGCCUCUCAAACCUGUUGAAGUGUCGCCUACCAGCUACUGUUAAAUGCCUUUCUCAUUCCAGUGCACUUGUGAGGGCUCUGAGCAUAUCGGUACUUAGAGAUAUUUUACACACAGGCUCAAUCAGACCCAGUCCUAAACUGGCCAGAAUAGAAGGCACCCGCAACCCUAAUCCCUCUUAUCAUUUCUUCAAUAUGUAUGUGAUUGAUUGGCAAGCUGAUGUAGAAAAAUGCUUGUCUUGGGAAGCUCACAACCGUCUUUCCAAUGGCUUGUCUAUUGAGUUUCUUCAUGCAGCUGCCCAGGAAUUAGACUGUACUAUUUCCUUGUGAGACUAAACUAUGUAGAACCCUUCUCAUAUUUUAUGUUAAUUUUAAUCUUAAUUUGUAGGGACAUAAGUUAUGGAACUUUAUUGGUUUGCAAGUAUUAGCUUCGUCCUGUGCCAUUCUAGUUAUGUUGCUUAAGAAA